AUGGGCUCCCGCUACGAGGUGGAGGUGACCGUGGGCUCCGCCCGUGACCUGAAGAACGUCAACUGGCGCCACGGCGACCUGAAGCCGUACGCCGUGGUGUGGAUCGACUCCGGCGCCAAGUGCUCCACCCGCGUGGAUCUCGACAACGGCGAGAACCCCGCGUGGGACGAGAAGCUCCUGGUCCCGCUCCCGCCCUCCUCCCGCCUCGACGACGCCGUCCUCUACAUCGACGUCGUGCACGCCAACGCCGCCGAGGGCGUCAAGCCGCUCGUGGGAUCCGCGCGACUCCCGCUCCGCGACGUCCUCGACGACGCCGGGAUCGGGGGCAAGGCCUCGCGCAACCUCCGCCUCAAGCGCCCCUCGGGCCGCCCCCACGGCCGCCUCGACGUCCGCGUCGCCGUCAAGGAACCGUCCAGGUACUACGACCCCAACCCUUACCCGGCCCCGGCGGGCUACGCCAACGCGGGCACCCGUGGUGACCCCUACGGCUCGUCCGCCGCCGCUGCUGCUGGCGGCGGCUACUACGGCUCCGGAGGUGGCUACGGCUCCGGUGGCGGCGCCUACGGCAGCGGCGGCGGCUACGGCGCCGCGCAGCCCUACACCGCGGCGCCCCCGGCGGGGUACCCUUCCACCUACGGCUCCGCGCCGCCGCCUCCUCAGCCGGCGUACGGCGCUCCUCCUGCCGCCGCGUACGGCGCUCCUCCUGUCGCCGCCGCCACCGCCGCGUACGGAACCAGCGCCGUUGGUGCCGACGGCAAGAAGAAGAACAAGAUGGGGAUGGGGACGGGGCUGGCGGUGGGCGCGGCGGCGGGCGUGCUCGGAGGCCUGGCGCUGGCCGGCGGGGCCAGCUACCUGGAGGACAAGUUCGAGGACCGCGUGUCGGAGAGGGUGGAGGAGAACCUGGAGAGGGAGGACUCGUACGGAGGCGGCGGCUACGGGGGUGGCUAUGACGACUACGGCGGCGACGACGACUACUGA